AUGACCAGUUACUAUAAAGGCAAUGGAGAAAUUAAUCCCAGUUCUCAUGCGAUAUUAUCACGGCUUAGUAACAUAUUAAAACAAGAAUCCGACUUACUCUAUAAGAAAUAUUAUCCAUUGGAAAUUGAUCCUGAUUUAACAAUAGCCGAAAAAAUACCAUUAAUGACCGAAUGGUGGAUGAAAGCGCAUCAACUAAUGAUUGAUCAACGUCCAACUAAAGAUGAUAUUGCGAGAAUCGUGGAAGAAACUCCUGUCGAAAUGCGUCCAGGUCUAAGAGAUGUCACCUCUAUUUGUCGAGAUAAUGAUGUGCCUUUUUUGGUCUUUUCGGCUGGAAUCGAAAAUGUCAUUGAAGAAGUUUUACGAUCGAAAAAUCUUUAUCAUCCGAAUAUGCACAUUGUUGCCAACAAAAUGGUCUUUGAUUCUUCGAAAGGCAUUUAUAACCGAUUUGAGGAACCAUUAUUGCACGUAUUCAACAAACUUGAGGCUACGAUCGAAGGAACUCCCUAUUACUCUACUCUAAUAGAAAAGAACAAUGUCAUAUUACUUGGUGAUUCACUAGGUGAUUUAGAUAUGUCUAAAGGUAUCAAACAUGAUGUUUGCCUAACUAUUGGAUUCUUAAAUAUUCGUGUUAAUGAUCUAUUGAAUACUUAUUUAAAUGCAUAUGAUAUUGUGGUGGUAAACGACGGUUCAAUGGAUAUCGUGACUUGGAUUUUAGAAUGCAUGAUGACGUGUUAA